UUAAUCUCAAUUCAGAUGAUGAUGAAUGUUUGAAUAUUUCACCCGAAUUCAAGGAUCGCCGUUGGGAUGUGGUCAACGAAUUAUUUGAUACUGAAAAACGUUAUUGUGAAAUAUUAAAAAUUCUAUACAAUAAAUAUAUAUUACGUUGUAUAAUGGCAACAAAUAUGGCUGAAACAAAUACAAAAUCAUCUCGUUAUAAUAAUAACAAUCAAAUGAUUUAUGGAACAAUGCCAAGAAUGAAUUCAGCAGCAGCAACAACAUUACCACAAUCACCAAUCGGUAAUAAUAUUUCUAAUAAUAAUAAUAAUAAUCAACAACAAGGUCAACAACAACAACAACAACAACCAAAUACAAUAUGUCCUGAAUAUCUAAAAACAAUAAUAGAGUUAUGGCCCAUUGCAAUGGGUAUACAUACAAAAUUUUUAAAAAAUUUACGUAUAGCUAAAUCAAAUUGGUCAAUGACACCAUCACCAUUAUUGGGUAAAAUAAUUGAAUCAUUAUUACAGGAAAAAUUGCUUGAUUUUUAUCUUUGUAUGGUUGAAAAUUAUUUUCGUAUUGCAUUCAUAUUGAAAUUAAUGAGUGAACCACGUUGUACCAAGAAUCAUCAUCAUCAUCAUCAUCAUAAACAGCAACAACAACAACAACAGCAGCACAAGGAUAUCGUUUGUCACGGUCAAGUUUUGAAAAAAAAUUUCAACGUAAUAGCGGUGAUCAACAAAAUUUGGUUGAUGAUUUAA